AAUGUUAGGGACUAUAGAUGUAGUUGUGAAAAUUCAGAGACGAGACUGAAGAAAUUUCACCAUCCAUCGGAGUAUAGUAUAUAGGCUUAAAACCCCUACCUCUUGAACAGACUCUUGCAAAAAUCACAAACAAACGCGGCCUGUUUUCCUCUUUGUUCAUUCUCAGUUCCCACACCCUCACUGUCCGACCGUCAAAACUUACUGCUUUAUCAGCCCCUCAUCGACGACAACAGCUACUUCAACAAUUAAAUGGCAUUAUUUUGUGGCUCAAUGACCAGUUUUACAGGUAUAAAUUUUCCUAAACCACCAUUGCCCAUACAGAAGUUUACUGUGAACACCACAAUAAAUUACCAAAAACGCCACUUGGGUUAUGAAAAGAUUUUCAAACCAAGAACUCAAUAUUUUAUUCGAGAAGGUUAUGGUGCUAAAUAUGCUAUUUCAGUCGGAAGAAGAAAUCACGAGCUUAGUUUACAUAAUAACAAUAAUGGGACUGAACCCUUUUGGUUAGCACCUACAAAGGGCUUUAUAAGGGGUGUAAGGUCUGUAUUUUCUUUUCUUGCGGGGCAGCCUAGUCAGCUGAAGUACAUAGAAUGGCCAGGUUUCCAGAAUACGGUGAAGACUGCUGUCCUGACUCUUGUUCUUGUGGCAAUGCUUAUUGUUGUGUUAUCCUCUGUUGAUUCCGGUCUCUGGUAUCUGCUUACCUCAAUUCUAAGGAAACCCGCAUGAAUGGGAAUCAAAACGUUGGCGGCUUUAAUAAUCCGAGUGGUUAGAUAGAAUGGGGGUAUCAGCAAAACUGUCUGGCAGCAUAUUUUUUUGUCGAGAUUCAAGCAUGACACCAAUGAUGAUAUCCGAUGCAUUAUCAUAUUUAAAUUUGGAUUGCAGAAUUUUGUUUACGAUAAAUGAUGGUUGUGUAAACUAGCGUCAGCACAUGCCAAUUUUUCAAUGUUAUUCAUUCUCUCCGUAUUCUUUCAGUUCGCGUCGUCGCUUUUACUGCUUUGGGCGCUUGUAUAUAUGGCAGCUGCGUUUUGAAUGAACCGUUAUGUUUCAACUAUACAUAUGUUUCAACCGUUA